AUUCCAAAUAUUAUUAUCUACUUACGCCUAUAUUCAUACGUCUCAAUAAUCCUUCGAUGUGGGCCUUCUCAGUUCAUACUAUACCAUAUGACUGGAAACGAGUUUUUAGCACCCGUUAAUAUGGACAUCCUAACGGUAUAUUGAAACACCAAUGAUUAACAAAGCAAUAAUCGGCUGCAUCGACGUUUUCUUUUCAGUGUAUCACAUACCUACCAUUUAGUUACUCGCUCAUCGCAGAGCACUGUGUUUGUGUUAUGUUGACAUCAUUUUGAGGUUAGCUUAGCUUUAUCGAACAAAAUAAUAUUCCUACUAUCAUCAAGUUUUGUAAUCAUCCACUUAUAAGUGAAGAGUUUCAAUAGCACCUACCUACAUCGGUUCGGUUUAUCAUGAAACCAUAUAAAUUACAUACUUAUAACCUGAUAGUAAAGCAUUGUGUGUUGUUUUGCGCUUUGUUAUGAGUAUCGGUAUCAGUGUUACAAAUUGUUGAAUAGGAGUGGGUACAACGUUCAUUGGUACAUACUGUGUGCAUUGCAUUGUUGUCACUGAUAAGAAUCAGUUUUCAUUUUCAAGUUAGUAUUGAUUCAGCGCAUUUCUGAACAACUGAAUUCACUUGUAAUUUUAAAAUGAGUGACGUGAAAAUAGAUGAAGUACCGAUCACGGGAAUACCGAGUGAUAAACGUAUAACACAAAUAAAAAAUGAUUUCUUCGAAGAGUUUGGAACUAUGCCGCAAUUUAUCGUUAAAGUCCCAGGCCGGGUAAAUAUUAUUGGAGAACAUAUCGAUUACUGUGGAUAUCCGGUAUUGCCAUUAGCUCUAGAGCAAGAUAUAUUGAUUGGCGGGAAACCUAUUGAUGUGCAAGAGUUGCAUUUAAGAAAUACAAAUAAGAAAUAUAUUAAAUAUUCCACAAAAUUAUUAUCAUUUGAAGAUUUAGACAUAAAAGCUGAUGAAACCGGUAAACCUUAUUGGUAUAAUUACGUACUAUGUGGGAUCAAAGGAGCGAUUGAAUAUUUAAACAAUGAAAUAGUCGGUGGACUACAACUUUGCAUCGAUGGAAACAUACCACCAGCUUCAGGUUUGUCGAGUUCUUCUGCAUUAGUUAGCGCUGCGUGCCUUUCUUUUUUAUAUGCACAAAAAGUUUAUCCUAGUAAGACAGAAAUUGCUUCACUAUGCGCCAAAAGUGAGAGGUAUAUUGGCACUCAAGGUGGUGGAAUGGACCAAGCUAUAGCAUUUCUUGCUGAAAAAUAUAGUGCACAGUACAUAACCUUUGAUCCGCUUCAAGCUAAACCGGUAUCACUUCCAGAGAACGCUGUUUUUGUAGUGGCACACAGUUUAGCGGAAGCUAACAAAGCAGCAACCAAUGAUUUUAAUAGACGUGUCAUAGAAUGCAGAUUGGCUGCUAAAAUUUUGGCUGUUUCUAACGGUGCAUCUUUGGAUCAAAAGAUUAUAAAUCUCAGUCAAGUUCAAAAAAAUCUCAAUAAAAGCUUAGAUGAAAUGAUCAGUCUGGUGGAUGAAUUUCUAUGCAAAAAUAGUUAUACCAAAAACGAAGUAUGCGACAUGUUAAACAUAACUGAAAAGGAAUUGAACGAUAUUUAUUUGACACCAAAUACGAAACACUUGUCUGAGUUUAAACUACGUCAGAGAGCUCUUCAUGUUUAUAAAGAGGCGAUGCGUGUUGAAUCUUUCAGAAAAAUUUGCGAAGAUAAUUUUUCCAAUGGCUCGUGUAAGAAUGGAACAAACGGUUCUAGCCACACUAAUGGAAACUCUGGUUCUCUUGAGCCCAUUAGUGUUCUUGGUACGCUAAUGACCGAAAGUCAUGAAAGUCUGAAGAAACUUUACGAAUGUUCACAUGUCAACUUAGAUCGUCUGGUAGAUAUAUCAAAAGCAAUGAAUGUUCAUUCACGCCUAACUGGAGCGGGCUGGGGAGGAUGUAUAGUAGCAUUAUGUCCAAAGGAAAUUGUUGAUAACUACAUAGAAACGCUCGUUGAUAAGUUUUAUGUUCAGUAUUGUAAUAUAGAUAAGAAUGAGGCAUUAGCUUAUGUAUUUGCAACUACACCUAGCCACGGUGCUGUUAUUUAUAAAUGAUUAAAUAUCUUUGUAUAUUCUAGCAAUCAUCAAAAAUCAUUUUAUCAUAAGCAGAUAAACAUUAAUUCUGAAAUGAUGUAACAAAAGAAAAUAAUUAAUAGAGAAAUCAGAAAAA